AAUUCUCCUAAAUAUUUAUAUUUUGAAACGGAGAGUAUUAUAUAUCUUUUGCAUUAAAAGCUUAUGAUGUUUUCGAAGUAAUUAUCACUGUAGCAUCUGCACAAUAACGAUGAAAUCGAACGGUCAAAAAUCAAAAACAACAGGCUUCCGGGUCAAGCAACGUGGCUCAACCUCGUCUCGACUCCUCUCAUAGUCACGGACACGUGUGGUCAAGCCAACUUAAUUCAUAUACUCUCUCUUCUCCCUACUACCAAAAUCAAUGUAAUAACAAUUUCAAAAGACGGUGGUGAGAGAGUACAAGAAAAAAAGCAAGAAGAUAAUUCUACGGAAAAAAUGUUUUCAGCUAUAGGAAGUUUAGUGAAGCUCAUCUUCAAGAACUUGGACGUCAUCGCUGGACCUAUCAUUAGCUUGGUUUAUCCUUUAUACGCAUCAGUGAGAGCAAUAGAGUCUAGGACCGGUGGAGACGACAAGCAAUGGCUCACUUAUUGGGCUCUUUAUUCACUUAUCAAACUCUUUGAGCUCACUUUCUACAAAGUCAUCGAAUGGAUACCGUUAUGGCAAUACAUGAAGCUAGCAUUAACCAGUUGGUUGGUCUUACCGGGCUUGAGCGGCGCUUCUUACCUCUAUAAUAACUAUGUGCGCUCAUUCCUUUUAAGCCCACAUAGUGCUAACGUGUGGUACGUACCAGCUAAGAAGGAUGAUGAUGACUUGGCAUCAGCUGCUGGAAAAUUUACUCCGGGUGAGCCUACAGAAAAGCAUGUUAGCUCGGUGAAUACAUCAGCCAAAUAUGUUGGUGGUUCGGCCUUUGAUGAUACAUAUGUCUACUAGUAAAAGCUACUUGUGAUCUGUUGUAGCUUUAAUAUGGUUACCCAUCUUCGCAAUACCAUAUAGUCUGUAUUAUCCUUUUUUAUCUUUGUGUUUCUUUUUAAUGUGGUAGAUGUGUAAGCAAGCAAAG